AUUGAGUUAUCAAACGACAUCUUUUUACACAGAUAGCCACGUAUAUUCAAGGAGUUUAAAUUUGAAGUGAACAAUGGCUUCAAUAAAAGUAUCGUUUGAGGAAGAAUUGAAGAAGAAUCCCGAGUUAAAAGAGUCAGAUAUACAAAUGUUGAGAGAAUGGUGCGAAAAACAACCUCAUCUGCCUAAAAUAUCAGACAGCGAAUUAGCAUUAUUUUUGCAUAGUAAUUAUUACCGACUCGAACCGACGAAAACUACUAUCGACACCUAUUUUACAGUUAGGACUCAUGUACCUGAGUUUUUCUCUAAUCGAGAUCCUAUUAAUAACAAAGAGUUCAAAAAAGCAGCUGAAACGGUAACAGACCAAAUUUUGGAAGGGACUACUAGAGAAGGUUAUAAAAUCCUUUAUGGAAGACUCCUAAAUAACGAACCGUCACAUUUUGUUUACAAUGAUGUAAUGAAAUUAUUUAAUAUGGUGCUCGAUCUAUGGCUCUAUACGGAAGGAACUUGCGAUGGCCAUAUAUUAUUAAUUGAUAUGAAAAACAUUUCGUUUGGACAUGUCGGUCGUUUGAGCCCUAUGGGUUUAAAAAAAUUUCUCUAUUAUUUGCAAGAAGGAUUACCUGUCAGAUUAAGAGGCAUGCAUUUCAUGAAUGCUUCACCGGUAGUAGAUGCCAUUUUGAACAUGAUGAAACCUUUUAUGAAGAAGCAGCUCUUGGAUAUGUUUCAUAUGCAUACUACAAGUGAAACUCUGGCGAGAUUUGUACCGCUGGAAGUUCUUCCGAAUGAAGCAGGCGGUCAAGCUGGUCCUGUACAGGAGCUACAUAAUAAACAAAUAAAAAAAUUAGAAGAUCACAUUGCUUGGUUCCAAGAGGAUGAAGCUAAUCACCGCGUCAAUGAAUCGCUACGACCGGGCAAAGCAAAGACAGCAACGGAUUUAUUUGGCGUUGAAGGAAGCUUUAAGAAGCUCGAAAUUGACUGAUUGAAUUAAUAAUCAGAUCUUCUUCAACACAUCGCGAUAUAUUUAGUUUUAUUUUUAGAAUAUUAUAACAACACUGUUUCCGAAAAUAAAAAUAAGCAAAUCUAAUUCAUAACCGGUUAACAUCAAAUAUAUUCAGGUCUGGCGAUUUAGCUUGUCUGUGAGAGUAGAAAUUUUGGUCAAAGGGGGACAGCGCGAAAUAGGUGAUCAGAGACUACUAAGUAAUAACCUUUUUGGUAAUUAUUUAAAAUAGAGGAGGCAUCCUCUAAUGCUGCACAUAUGUUGUCAAGGUCAUAACCUUGAGUAACCUCCAACAGAUUUUAGCCAUCGCUUGUCCU